UUUAUUUUGAAAGCGUUGCGGUCAGAGAUGGCGAUCAUAUUGAGGGUUGAGAAGGGGACGGGGCUGCCUGGUCGUUGCUAGGAGAUGAGCGGCCCUGCGGCAGGCCAGUCCUCCUCUGCCAUGUUCCCGAACCUGGAAGCUGGAGGGGCUGGCAGAGUGGCAGCCCUGCUAGGAGGGCCUGUGGGACUUAGCAGCUCAGACAUGGAGCUGCAGAAGAUGCUCAUCGAUGAGAGGAUGCGCUGCGAGAACCACAAAACCAACUACCAGACCCUGAAGGCUGAGCACACGAGGCUGCAGGAUGAGUACACGCGGGUGCAGUCAGAGUUGAAACGGAUGCUGAGUGAGAAGCAGGCUGGUCAGGAGAAACUGCAGCUGCUGCUGGCGGAGCUGAGAGGAGAGCUGUUGGAUAAGACUCGUGAGCUUGAAGAGCUCAAACUGCAGGUGAUGACCCCUCAGCGGUUGGAGCUGUUGAAAGCCCAGGUCCAGCAGGAGAUGGAGGCUCCUAUCAGAGAGCGCUUCAGUAAGCUAGAGGAGGAAGCAGAGAAGUAUAGAUCUGAAUACAAUAAGUUGCGUUACGACCUCACCUUCCUCAAAUCGGAGUUUGAUCACCAGCGAGAGGAACAUGAGCGCAUCCUGGAGGAGAGGAAGAUGCGCUACAGUGCUGAUCUGGCACGUCUGGAGAGGGAUAAGGAGGAGCUGAGCGCGCAGCUGCAGAGCACAGACCCUGCACGGGAUGGGAAGCGUGUGGAAGCCCUGCUGAGGGAAAAGGCCCAGCUGCACCAGCGAAUCCGUGGCCUGGAGGCUGAGGUGGCUGAGCUCCGCGCAGAGAGGGACAGCUCGGGAGCACAGGCCGAAAAUGUGCAGCGAAUCCAGAUCCGCCAGCUAGCAGAGACCCAGGCUGCAGUAAAGGCCCUGGAGUCAGAGAAGCAGUCUGCACGCAUGCAGCUGGAGCGAGUGGAGAAAGAGCUGCGUUCAACCCAGGAGCAGAACACCCUGCUCACGGGCAAACUACACAAGGCUGAGCGGGAAAUCAGCACCCUCAAUAGUCAGGUUGAAGGGAUGAGGCACACUCAUAAGCUGGAGUUGGCUAAUGUGAAGUUGGAGUGCGUGAGAGCCAGAGGAGAGGUGGAGAGAGAGCGAGACGCACUGCAAGCCCAGCUGGAGGGUCUGCAGUCAGAUAUUGACGUUUGGAAGGCAGCCGUGGACAGAAAUAAAGAACUGCUGUCAGAGAAAGAGCGAGAAUUGGUCCGCAGGGUGCAGGCAGCCAGAGAAGAAGAGAUACAGAAAAUGACUGCUGUUCAAGAAGAGAAGUUGGAACUGGAGAAUCGUCUCUCUGAGCUGGAGCAGCAGAGAGCUCUGCAGGAGGCUACAGGAAACUCCCUGAAAGAGGAGUGGGAGGAUCGUGUCCGUUCUGCUCAGCUGGGGGAGGAGGCUGCUCGCAAAGAACUGCAAAAUAUCAGAGCUAAGGUGCAGCAGCAGGGACUGCAGCUAGAGGAACUGGAGGGACAGAAGACUGAGAGUGCUGAGCUGAGACGACAAAAUGCAGAGCUGAAUCUGCAGAUCAGCACUCUGUCUCAUUCCGAGAGUGAGCUGAUGGAGGCAAAUGCUAGGCUGAGGGACAGCCUGGAAAGGGUGAGAGAGGAGCUAAGAAGUGCUCGCUCACAAAUGGAAAGAACCCAGCAGGAGGCAGAGAGGCUGGUGGAGGAGAGGCGGGUGGAGUGGUUGGAGGAGAAACACAAACUCCAGGAAAGAGAGGCAGAGCUGCAGGAGAAAUACAGCCAAGCCAAGGAGCGCCUGCAGAGGGCUUCCCUUGCUCAGAAAAAGAGAAAGACCAUGACUGAAGCGAAAGAGAAGAAACUACAGGAUAAGAUUCAGCUGCUGGAGGCCAAGAUAGAAGAAUUGGAAAUUGAGGCUCACAUGGCAAAAAAAAAUCCUUCAUAUUCUGAAGAGCAAGCUCAGCUUAGCAGACGACUAAAGGAGCUGCAGAGGAGACACAGUGAGUUCCGCCGACUAUUGCUGGGCAACCACAUGGCCUCUACACCUCUUCCUCCCUCUGUGUUCAUCCCAGGCCCUGAGUCCAGCUUCUCAAACCUGCAGGAGGAGCAGCACCAGAGGGAACUGUCAGUGCUGAGGAAGAGACUGGAGGAGCUGGAGAGUAGUCAGCAGCAGCAGUUGGAGGAGUUGACUGCUCCUCUGGAUCGGGACAGAGAAAGGCUUGUAGGACCUCAAAAUGGCCUGCCUGACCUCUAAUCCCAUUGGCCCUCUGGGUCUAUAGCCGUUUGUACUGUGCCAAAGACCAGUGAGAUCCAGGUUCAAAUACUGUACUUUUUUUUUUUUUUUUUUUUGUACGCGUGCUUUUUAUUCAGGAUGAACUACGAUGAAUUUUGAUGAGACAUAUUUGAAAAAUGAAUUGCAUUAUUUAUAUGUAGCAUUUGUCAUUGUCAUCUUUUUUAACUUUUCCCAUGCAAAUCUGAAAUACUCAUUACCAUUGCAGGCUUCCUUGACUCAUUCGGUACCUUUUACGAAUUUAAACUGUUCAUUAAACUUUUUUUUGUUUUGCUGAA